UCAGGGUAACCAACCCAUGAAAUAUUUCUGAGCUAACAACAGUCGCCUCUGCUUUGACAGAUAACCUCACGCACACACACACACAGUGACAGGAUAACGUUACAGAACGGGGCCAAAUGACUUCCGGAAGACACGCAGUUCGUUGAUACGGGUCGUUGUUUGUGUCAACACGCGCCUCGGAGACCCGAUACUGGUGCUGCAUGACCCGAGGGGCUCACGAGCUAACGUUCCAGCGCGAGCUCUCGAUCUAGCAUCGGCCAGCCAGCUAACGGGCUAGGUUAGCUCACCGGAUAGCUCACCGGACAGCUCACCGGAUAGCACGUUGGAUCUGGUGACAGCCUGCUCGCCUGUAAUUUCGGACGACCCCAGUGAGAAAGAGGAGCGGUAGGGAUGGUGCAGCCCCAACCUGAUGGCCCAAUGCAGUGGGAGAUGUCAGAAGAGAGUGGCGGGACCCUCCGAGUCCCACCAGAACUGGCAUCCAAUGAAGUGGUGACCAGGUUGCUGGGUGACAACCAGCAGCUCAGAGAGGCCUUGCGGCAGAGCAACAUAGCCUUACGUCAGCGUUGUGAGGAGAUGGAGGGAUGGCAGCAGAGGACAAGAGAUGAGCGGGAGUUUCUCAGCUGUCGUUUCCAGGAGGCCAGGGCCCUGGUGGAGAGGCUGGCACAGGAAAACCACUCCUUACAGGGCUUGGUGAACGGACCAGCCUCCACCCUCUCCUCUAACCACUGCUGCAGCUCCAGCCAGACUGAAAACCUGCAGGGGCACCCAGUGAGGAGCAGACCUCUGGACGGACCACAGACACUAGAUCAGCGGGAGAAGAAAAGAGUUGAAGAGACGGAUCACCACACACAGACCAUGCCCCCCCGCAGCCUGGGCGACGCGAGUGUGCGUAGCUCCUUGAGUAGCGCCCUCCCCUCUCCCUCCACCUCACUAUCAGAGGUAUGGAGGGAGACAGUGGGCAGGGAAAAUGGCCAGCCCGAGGAAGGAGCAAACGAGUUCCUCCAGCUGCUGAAAAGCCACAAAGAAAAGCUGGAGGAAGGGAUGAGAGAGCUGAAGAGGAAGAAUGACGAGCUGGAGAGGGAGAAGGACGAGGGAGAGAAAGAGAGGGAGCGAAUGCGGCACUGCCUUGACCAGCUCCGGGCCAAACUGGCACAGGGAGGCAGCGCUACUGAGGAAGUUGUUCAGCAUCGCUCCAAGGCACAGCACUCCUCUGACUGGUAUCGUGAGUUGGAGGAGAAGCUCGAUUACCUGCAGAAGAGUUCAGCUCAGCGAGACAGAACUGAAGCUCUGCUCAAACAGAAGGACAAGGACUGUGCCCAGCUGGCUAAGGACUGUGAGGCUCUGAAAGCUCAAGCGACUUCCCUUUUAGGAGAGCUGAACGAGAGACAGAGCUGCCUGGAGAAAAGCGAGCAUGAUCGCAAAGUGUUGGAAGAAAAGCUGUGCAGUAAGAUGAAGGCCUUGCAGGUGGCAGAGCGGGAGCUGGAGCAGCAGAGGAAGCAGCACCAUGUGGCCAUGGACAAGCUGCUGCUGCAGACCCAGAGCCUGGAGCAGGGCCUGAAGACGGAGAGACACGUGGUCACCGAGGAGAAGAAAAAACUGACCCAGUUGCAACAUGCCUACACGUGUCUCUUUAGAGACUAUGAUUCUAAACUGAAGAGUGAGGGAGGAGAUCUGUGCAGCCGCCUAGAGGAGGCGGAGCGAGCGCUGGCCCUGAAGCAGGACCUGAUUGAUAAACUGAAGGAGGAGGUGGAGCAACAGAAAGGCUCCCUGGAGACGGUUCCGGUCCUCACUGCACAGGCUGAGAUCUACAAGGCAGACUUCCUAGCAGAGCGAGAAGCCAGAGAGAAACUGAACCAGAAGAAGGAGGAGCUCCAGGAUCAGCUGACUCAGGCCGUGGCUGAGAUUGACAGGCUCAAACAGGAAGCCACAACACGUGCACGUAUGGAGCAAAUGAAGCUGAGACACCUGGAAGACUUCUCAACACGGGCCCCACACAUUCCCCCUCCACAAGCGUUCAACACAGUGCCCCCUGCCCCCUCGUUCCGAAAUCCGGGGUUGGUACCAGUCGGGGAUCAAGGGGCAGCCGGAGCUGAGGAGCUGCCACAUUUAUGUUGUCCUAAGUGCCACUACCAGGCUCCAGAUAUGGACACGCUGCAGAUACACGUCAUGGACUGUAUACAGUAACAUGAGCAUAGUUCAGCCAUGACGCCAACACCCCUGGCUCUGGGCACAUCCUGGAAAAAAACAUGUUGGUAGUUGCACCUUACUCUCUCUGCCAUGUAUACAAAUACAUAUUGUGGGUCUUACCAUUUAAACAAUCACAUGUGUUGGAAUCAAGACAAGCAACAAUCGGAUGUCAAUAUGAACAGGAAAUGACAGAUAAUCAGCAUGGUAUGUUCCCAAAGGUGCUCCGUGGAUUCUAAAUCUGCUGUAGCAUUUGCAUUUCUGCAACCCGUCCUUUUCUCAUCAUGCCCCCCACCCCCCUAUGCCUCUUACACGGCAUAUUGAUGCACAUGUCCAUCCGUAUGUGUUUAUGGUCCCUGAUAUAUCGUUCCAACUGCAUACUGUGGAAUACGUUUGUUUGAAUGUAUCAUCCAUCUUAUACACAUUGAUAAUCAUUGGACAUAAGGUGACAUAAGUGACAAUUCCAAAGGGUAAUUUUCCCUCCAAAUGAGAAAAAACAUGACAAUGUGAAUAACCUAGUGAGCUUUAAGUAAUAUAGAAUAUUCAAAUGUUUUGGUCAUACAUGUUGCUGUCUACAUUGCAUCAAAACAUGUACUAUUAUGUAUUAGAGAUGGAUUUACUUUCAAAAGUAGCCAUUCUCUGUGUGCUUUGCCUGUGUAGACCACUGCUUUAUCUCUGAUGCUAGACCUUUAACCCCUCAAGGCUCUGUUUGUGCCCCUUGUUCUGUCUUUUCUUUGUGGCACUUAGCUAUGUAUCUAUCCGAAGGUAAGCACUUUGAUGGGCUUUUAAACUUUGUGUGAAUAUUGUCAGAAAUUAUAGAUCAUUUGGUGCAAAAAAAAUCUUGUUUCAAAACUGUUGAUUUACGAAAUAAAAUAAUAACAAAUCA